AUGUCGACCAGCAAUGCGCCGCAGCCAGUCAAACUAUCGCUGCCUCUGGAAUACCAGCAGCAGCUGUUCCAGGAGCUCCGAGCUGAGGAUGAGCUUGUGAUUCUCGCCCGUGGCCUGGGCCAGAUGCGCAUUGUCACAAACCUGCUACACUCCUACGAUGCUGCGGGAAGCAACCUCAUUGUCGUCGUUGGCGCCAACGAGCGCGAGAACAAUUGGAUUGGCGAAGCCCUGGCCGAGCAUGCCGCCAUCAGUGCGUCCCCCAAAGCACGGGGGUUGACCGUUGUCAACACCGACUCCCAGACCGUCGCUGCCAGGGAGAAGAUGUAUGCAAAUGGAGGCAUUUUCAGCAUCACGUCUCGCAUUCUCGUGGUCGAUCUCCUGACAGGACUGCUGAACCCCGAGCUCAUCACCGGCAUCAUCGCCCUUCAUGCCGAUCGUAUCAUCGCCACAUCGCUGGAAGCCUUCAUUCUCCGGGUGUAUAGGCAGAAGAACAAGAUUGGCUUUCUCAAAGCCUUCUCAGACAAUCCGGAUCCGUUCACAACGGGGUUCUCGCCAUUGGCCACCAUGAUGAGAAAUCUCUUCCUCAAAAAAGCGUCCCUUUGGCCCAGGUUCCACGUCACCGUGGCCCAGUCCCUCGAAGGCAAGAAAAAGGCCGAGGUCAUUGAGCUUGAAGUACCCAUGACGGACUCGAUGAGGGACAUUCAGAAUGCCAUCAUGGACGCCCUACUCAAGAACUUUGACGUCUUGGUUCGCCGCCAACUGGAUCCAAACUGGCACCGCGUCAGCUGGAAGACGCGCCAGAUUGUCAACGACUUGACUAUUCUGCGUGGACUUCUCAGCAACAUCCUCACUUAUGAUGCCGUGUCCUUUCUCCAGCACCUCGAUACCAUACACGCGGCGCACUCUCCUCCUCCCGGAUCGACCCGGCAGUCUCAGUCUCCCUGGCUGUUUCUGGACGCUGCCCAGACCAUCUUCGAUACGGCACGCAGGCGUGUCUACUCUGCCAGUCCCAAGAGUGUGUCGCAAAGCGGUGAGAACAUUGAUUCUCUGCGCCCUGUCCUUGAGGAGCUGCCGAAAUGGGGCAUACUGGCAGAGGUCUUGGAGGAAAUUGAUCGAGACCUCUUCUAUGAGCCACAGGUCCGAGAUGACUCUAACGGGGGCAUACUGAUCAUGUGCUCAAACACGGAUACGUGCAGACAGCUGCGCGACUACCUUCAGACUAUGCACGUGAAGCCCAAGAAUGUAGACAGAGAUAGGCUGUCCGUCGCAGACGACCCCGAGCUUGAGCGCGAGCGUGCUGAGGAAGCCCAUAAACCGUCUGCCAACUUUAUGCUCAGGAGGAAGCUUCGGAACUAUCUGAGAUGGAAGAGACAGUUUGCGCAGGUCAGUGCCACCUUGUUUGCUGAGAAUCAGAAAGCCCUCAACGGCGCCACGGAUGCGCGGCCUGGGCAUGGCGGAAGCCUCAGGGGCGGCAAGGCCCCAGCAAACAAACGGCGGAGAACGCGUGGAGGGGGCAACAUCGGAGGCUCUAUGAUCAUGUCCGGGCGUGCCGAUAACGGGAGCAUCGCGCAGUACUUCGAGAAGCCGGGGGAGGUGGCCGAUCUGAUGGCGGAGGUUCAGAUCACGGAAGAGGAAGCGCUGCAGCAGAAAGAAGAUAUUGCCGCCGACCCGCUCGAGAACAUGGAGGACUAUUAUCAGCUGUACGAUAUGCAGGACUUGGUCAUUGUCCACGCCUACGAUGGAGACCAGGAUGAGCAUGUGCUAGAGGAGGUCAAGCCGCGCUACAUCAUCAUGUACGAGCCCGACGCCUCCUUCAUCCGCCGCGUAGAGGUGUACCGCUCCUCGCACAACGACCGCAACGUCAAGGUCUACUUCCUGUACUAUGGGGGUUCGGUGGAGGAGCAGCGGUAUCUAUCGUCGGUCAGGAGAGAAAAGGAUGCCUUCACCAAGCUCAUCAAGGAGCGGGCAAGCAUGUCGCUGGUCAUGACCGUGGAUCCGCACGGCAUCGAGGACCCGCAGGAGGCCUUUCUACGCACCGUCAACACGCGCAUCGCCGGAGGCGGCAAGCUGGCGGCCACGGCAGAGCCUCCACGGGUCGUUGUCGACGUGCGAGAGUUCCGGUCCUCGCUGCCGUCCCUGCUGCACGGGCGCUCCAUGGUGGUGGUGCCGUGCAUGCUCACGGUGGGCGACUACAUCUUGUCGCCCAACAUCUGCGUGGAGCGAAAGUCCAUCAGCGAUCUCAUCUCGUCCUUCAAGGACGGCAGGCUGUACAGCCAGGCCGAGACCAUGUUCCAGCACUACAAGAACCCCAUGCUGCUCAUCGAGUUUGAUCAGAACAAGUCCUUCACGCUGGAGCCAUUCGCGGACCUCUCCGGCAGCCUCAACAGCGUCGCCCCAACCAACGUCUCAUCGGAUCUCCAGUCCAAGCUCGUGCUGCUGACGCUCGCGUUCCCCAAGCUCCGCAUCAUCUGGUCGUCGUCGCCGUACGAGACGGCCGAGAUAUUCGCCUCCCUCAAGACGCUGGAGCCCGAGCCCGAUCCGAUCGCGGCGGUGCAGGCGGGCCUGGACAAGGAUUCCAGGGUGGAGGACCAGGUCUUUAACCAGGAGCCUCAGGAGAUGCUGUCCAUCGUGCCGGGCGUGACGCCGCAAAACAUCAAGAGCCUGGUGCUAGACACGGAGAACAUACGGGAGGUGGCCAACAUGACGGAAAAAGAGCUAGAGCCCAUCGUGGGCAAGGCUUCGGCCAGGCAGAUUUACGGCUUCUUUAACAGAAAUGUGAUGGAAGAGGAGGACUAG